CUCUAUGUUCAUCUCACCAACGACCACGUCGGUCGCAAGUCUACCAAUAACUUGUGCCUCACUUGCAACUGGGGUAGCUGCUCUGUUGUCACUGUCAAGCGAGAUCAUAUUACUAGCCAUCUUCGAGUGCACAUACCGCUGAAACCUCAUAAUUGUGAGAUUUGCCAAAAGUCGUUCAAGCGGCCUCAGGAUCUGAAAAAGCACGAAAAGACGCAU